CCGCGUCCGUUCCGAGUGCAUUAGAAGUUUUACGCUCGGCGCAUCAACAUGUCGUUGUCGUCGUCGCCGUUCAUCUUGUCGUCAGCGACGCGCGCGUGCACCGCCACCGCCAUUCUGUUGUCGUUGCUGCUGGCGCUGGCCGCCAACCGGGCCGGUGCUGCGGCCGUUGACACGACCGUGGUCGUCGCCGACACUACUGCAGCCACCGUCAUUACGUCCACUGCCGAUGCCAUCGCGUCCACCGCCGAUGCCAUCGCGUCCACCGCCAAUGCCAUCGCGUCCACCUCCACGGCCCAAUUCCUUUAA